GCGAAUGUCCUGCUGGCUGGAAAAGCUGGCGUCGUGAGGAAAAUUCAGUCAUCAGCGCGUGUCCAUCGAAUCGGCAGUGAAAAUGUGCCAGCGGCGGUUCUUUAGCAGCAAGUACACUAGUUUCCACAAGAAUCACAUCAAAUUAUUUGCCGUUUACAUGAAAACGGCGAGUCUGAUGCAAAACUUAAAUGUGCUGAAGCGUUCGCUGUAA